AUGCCACUGCAAGAUGCCAACCGACCGAGCUACAGGGAGGUCCUGGCAGAGCAACGCAAGCAACACGGUGCCUACGAUCCGGCUCGCCUUUUCCAAACCUUGCCUCGGCACGCCGCGCGUCGCUCGCAUGUAGGCCGUGCAAUCAGCUCGUCAUCAAAGCGCGCAGGAGGGAUGCGGUUGGUCAAGCGCGAAGACACGUCGCUUGUCGAGCAAGACGUUCUCAACGCCGUGGUGGAUGCUGCCAGACCGUCCGAGGAUGUGGAGCUGCCACCAGCGCCUGUCGUCCCGGGUGCGGCGCCCGAUCCCGUCCUCCCUUCGGCUCCCGACCAUUCUGGCGCCGAGUCGGAUCCCAGCCUGCCGCCUGCACCCGACCACUCCGGAGCCCCGCCCCCGGUCAACUCGCUUCCGCCUCCUCCUGCUCACUCGAGAGCCAACGUGGCCGCCGCGCCUCAUCCCUCUACCGUUUCAGUAGGUCAGGGAUCUAAGUCUGCACUGCCUCCCCCGGCCAACGUCAGCUCGAAUGGGACGACGCCUGUUGACGCGCAGUCGAGCUCUGGUGCUGGCGCUGCUGACCCGAGCGCAGGUGGGGAUAGGUCGCACCACACCAUGGUGGCGGUGGUGAGCAGCGUUGUUGUAAUCGCUUCAGUGCUCGUCGGGGUGCUUUGGAUGUUGCGACGCUACCGACGCAGACGCACGAGCGAAACGGAAAAAAAGAACUCGUGCCAGCUUACGAGCAACUCGCAGCGUCUGCACUCGUUGGACGGCCGUCCUAAUUCGCACGCCUACUCCCCAGCCGUCCAAAAGCCUGUCCCCUAUGCGGCACACGCGGACUCGAACGAGACCCUGGUCAACAUCACACCACCCGCGGCGGCUUUGACAUACGAAAAGCCCAUGUCGCACGCGAUUGCACCCGCUUCGAACCGAGGAGUUCCCGCUGCUGGUCAGCGAGGUGUGGAGUCGGGACGCGUGGCGAUGCCGACGAUCGUAGCCCCCCGUCCGCUGGAUUCGAUCGCCGAGGUGCACGAGAUCCACACGGGCACUUCGACGCACUUUGAGAUGUGCACGCGUGGCGGUGAUGGCCUGCUCUCCCCCGGCACUCGUGGGCGUCAACUCUCCCCGACUCGAUCGCGAGACGAUACGGUGCGGCCGCUUACUGCGCCCAGCACCACUGGGUUUGGCAAAUUCGCUACCACCGGGUCUGGCUCACUCGACCGCGACACGGAUAGGUCCCGCAACACUGCAGGGGGAGGGCUUUUGGCACUGUCGCGUCCCCACAGCUCCAAGGGACGACCGACGAGCUCCAAGGGUCGCGAGAUCGAGAUGACGCGCAAAGGCUCGCAGCUCGUCAUCCGUGACCGACCGAGCACGGCCACACUUCGCCCCAUGUCGAAAGCAGGCACCACCUUCCGCACCGCUCUCCGCCGCAACGCUGCAGAAGAUGAUGCGGAUGGAGCGAUCUAUAUCGAGACCGACGGCAUCGUGGGACCCACGAGUCGCGAUUCAGUAUACCUCGAAGCAACCCCCGCUCGCCGGGGUGAACUAAGCGUUCCUGUCUCGGCAGUCUUCAGCUUUGAGAUCAAGGACGCCGUACGCCAGUCUGUACCACUCACCAUCCAGCCUGGCGCCCAACCCAGCCCCACUGCUACUGUGCGGGGCGCAGAAGCACACGACCACGCAGAUGAAGAUCGCGGUCCGGAGACGGGAGGCAGCUUGGGAGAGGGCUUCGUGCAGGAGCUCGACUGGAACGUGCAUUCGGCGAGCUUGGCAGUCGACGGCUAUCCGCCCUUUGGCGCCAUGCAUUCCACCACGCCCUGA